AUGUUCUCCACCUGCCUCCACCUCAACCCCACCCUGCAGUCAGCCCUGAGCAGGAGCCCUGACCAGCCCAGCCAGCCUCACAGGAGCCCUGACCAGCCCAUCCAGCCUCACAGGAGCCCUGACCAGCCCAUCCAGCCUCACAGGAGCCCUGACCAGCCCAUCCAGCCUCACAGGAGCCCUGACCAGCCCAUCCAGCCUCACAGGAGCCCUGACCAGCCCAUCCAGCCUCACAGGAGCCCUGACCAGCCCAGCCAGCCUCACAGGAGCCCUGACCAGCCCAUCCAGCCUCACAGGAGCCCUGACCAGCCCAGCCAGCCUCACAGGAGCCCUGACCAGCCCAGCCAGCCUCACAGGAGCCCUGACCAGCCCAGCCAGCCUCACAGGAGCCCUGACCAGCCCAGCCAGCCUCACAGGAGCCCUGACCAGCCCAGCCAGCCUCACAGGAACAGAGUGUACCUUGAGAUUCCUGUGCCCCCCCCGACGGCCUCCCAGUGUCUCUCUUUCUACCUCCCUGCCUCCCUCCGUCUCCCUCCCCUCUUAUCACCCCUUCAUGAUUAAACAAGCUGCAGCCUCGUCAUAUGUUUAUCUAAUCAUAUUCCUCCACUAACCCACAGAGCUGUACUUUCUCGGGAUGACCAGCAAGGUUUUUUCCCCCCGAGAGGUUUGUCGUCGUGGUGAAAGCUCUGCGGUUUGGGGUUCAUGAGUGUCAUGAUGUAAAAAGGUCUGUGUCCCAAAUGGCACCCUUAUCCUCUCCAUAGUGCACUACUUAGAGAGAGGUGGGAUCCUUCGCUGCAUGUAGGAAAUUUGACAUGGAAACCCUGCUAUGAUGGACAUCUGGCUCUGCGGUGGUGGUGCUGCACUAGACAGAUGUCAUCUAUAUAACGUGGUUGAUCGGUCGGUCGUACCUCAUCCAGCUCAUCUGAUGUCACCAGAUCCUAAGUCAGUGUUCUUUCUCUGAGAGCACACCCUUUUCCCUAGAUAGGGCACUACUUCUGACCAGAGUCCUAUAGGCCCUGGUCGAUAGUAGUGCACUAUACCGGAUAGUAAAUAAGGUGACAUUUGGGACACAGCCUAGAAGUGCCUCUCUUGAAUCUCCUGAGUCUCUUCAAGGCUCACUGGGUGCAAGGUUUUCGCCAGCUCACCACUAACAGCAAGAGAUGGGAGCCUGAGUUGCCUAUGUGGGUAGAUUAUCGACAGUGUCCCAUCCUGCUGAGGUCUCUGAGGCUCUGAUGAGAGAAGAACAGCUUCGUACUUCAGAGGCUAUCAUUAGAGAUCCAGUGGGUUCUGAGAGAGGACUGGCCUCUUCAGGACACACACACGCACACACACACACACACACACACACACACACACACA